UGCAAAUGAGAUUACUUCAUGUUGUCUACAUUGUUGAUUUUCUAUUCUUUGUAUUAUAGAUGACACGAAUUCAAAUACUUAAAUAUGCAGCUGAUAAAUUGAUUGGUAUACCUUCAAUAAACAAUUAUACUACUGAAUAUAAAUCGGAUACAUUAAACCUUAUAAAUGUUAAGCCAUAUGAACAAAAUCAAUUCCUUGGACAUAUUAAUUCAACAACCGACAAGGUAAAAUUUACAAAAGCAUCAAUAGAACAAUAUCGUCGACGUCUAGAAAGAAUUGAAUAUGAUCGUAUACAUUCAUUUCUAGGUGGUGAAAAGAUGUCCGAUAUUCAAUUAUUAGAUAAAUUAAUUAAAAUUAUAGAAAAUAUUGAAAAUUUUACUCCAAUUAAUAAUUUAUAUAAUGAGAAAUUAUCAAUGAAAUUAUUGGCACCAACAACAAUCAUUUCAUCGAAAUCAAUCAAUAAUGAAAGAAAAGGAUUAAAAUUAAUCAAUAAUAAUCACUUAAUUAAUUCAAUCGAUAAAUCAAUCAAUAAUGAUAAUAAAUUUAAUCCAAUACAAGAAACAAUAAUCAAUAGAAUAAAUAAAUAUUGGCGACCUUGGGAAGAUGAAGAUAAAGAUUAGAAUGUGAAUAAUGGAAUAUAAAGAAAAAAAAGUAUACCAUUGAAAUGAUCAUCCAUUUGAUGAUGAAUUGAUUACUUACUUACGCUUGUUACCCCGCCCAAUGGAGCAUAGGCCGCCAAC